CUGCCCCCACCUGAGAACACCCCGAGCAUACCUCCACCAGAUCCAGCGCCAGUUCCGCAAGCACUCCAGGGGAUCACAAUACCCGCGGAUCCAGCAAUCACCUGCAAUAACGAAAGCAGCCCCACCGAACCCCCCGAGAACUAUCUACCGAAAUUAUCGAAAAGCUUCAAGCUACCGAAAUUUAACGGGGACCCGAAACAAUACCGGAAAUUUAUGGAUAUGUUCGACGCCUUCGUCCACGACCGAAACAUACCAGUUCUUCAGAAGAUCAUCUUGCUCCACGACGCUCUGACGGGCCGGGCUUACCACAGUGUGAAACUAUAUCCGGAAUUAUCGGAGUUCCCAAUCAUGGAACAAGACUUCAACCUCACGCCAGUAGCCGACUCAAUCGCACGUACCAACGAUCAAUUGGUGGACAUCCUCUUGGGGCAGGAUCAAUUGACAAAAAUCAAUUUCACAGAUCCUAAAGCUAUCGGAGAUGUCUUCGCCUUCAAUUCAAUGUUCGGAUGGGUUUUGGGCGGCUCCCAGGGAGCUACCACGAUCGAGAGUCCUCUCUCCCGCUUUUGUGGUUUCGACAUGAUCCAACCGGCGCGAUCAUCCACAUCAGAUGACCAUCUCAUCGUCCCAGGGACAAACCCCGAAGAAAAAGGCCGUCAUAAACGGUCAAGCAGCUCAAACCCUGCGAGACCUCCAGUUCUUAUGGCAAUCGGAAGACGCAGGUCGAAUCUAAACGCUCUGGGCGACAACGAAAACUUGGCAAAAUCCCGCCUACACUCAUUCCUCGAGAAACUAAAACGAGACCCAAUCAGAUUGGAAGCGGUAGACAACGAAAUCAAGGGAUACCUGGCAGCAGGCUUCGCCGAGAAAGCUCAACCGAGGGAAAAAGGUAGCCUCGCACACUAUCUCCCUAUACAAGCUGUCUUCAAAGCGAAACCAGACGCUCCCCUGGGUCUCAUAACCCGAGUGGUAAAAGACGCUAGCGCCAGGCGCUCAAAUCAAGCAGGACUCAAUGACGUCCUCCACUGCGGCCUGAACCUUCUACCGGAAAUAAUAAAAGUCAUCCUGAAAUUCCGCCGAUACCGAUUCGUCUUCACCGCCGAUAUCGAGAAGGCUUUCUUGCAAUUCAGAAUUGCGGACAGCGACAGGACAUUCCUGAGGUUCCUCUGGCCGCUUAACAUCAGCAAGGACAGAUCCGCAAGGGUUCAAGAAUUCUUGGCGACAAGAUUAGACUUUGGUCUCAUCUGUUCGCCUUUCCUCCAUUGCCAAGGAAUCAGAUUCCACUUGGAGGCAGCACUCCCGGAACACCCGGAGGACCGACAAUUCAUCGAAGAAAUUCGAGAUAACUUCUACGUGGAAGACGUCGUAGGAGGAGCAGACUCCUUAGAGGACUUGAAACACCGAGUGAAGGUCCUCACAAAAAUCUUCACCGACGGACACUUCCCACUGAAUAAAUGGUCAACAAAUUCCGCGGAAAUCGACAAAUUCAUCAAGCAAACAUCGCCGGUCAAAGAUCCAUCCAUCACCAUCGGCCAGGCCGACCAUAAAGUACUUGGCGUCCCAUGGAAUCAAAUCCAGGACGAACUCAGCGCUCCAACGUCGAAAGCAAUCAGGGAACUCACCACAGGAGUCCCAUCGAAGAGGAAGCUUCUCAGAGCGACGGCUCAAAUUUUCGAUCCAUCGGGUAUCAUCAGCCCGAUCGUCGUCAACUCGAAAUCGCUAUUCCAGGAAUUAUGGAAGAAGAAAAUCGGGUGGGACGACGCCCUGAAAGGGAACCUGCUCGAACAAUACGAGAAUUUCUCAAAGUUACUCAGCCAGGCUGAAGUUUGCGGGCGUAUGGCAUCGUCGCAUACAUACAUCCGAGAACAGCAAGGGGCAGCCCCGCCCUCAGUGGCAUUCAUUCUCUCGAAGUCAAAAAUCGCUCCCGUGAAAGCAUUCACGAUUCACAGACUAGAGUUGCUCGGAGCACUUCUCGCAGCAAGAAUGACGGAGAAAAUCCUCGAAUGGCUCGAUUUCAAAAUCGACGCCGUCAACAUCUUCUGUGACAAUUCGGCAGUUCUUGGCUGGGUCGCCUCGAACCCGGAAAGAUGGAAACCGUUUGUCGCAAACAGAAUUCGAAAAAUUCAUCAAUUAGCUGGCCAGGCCAGGUGGCAUUACGUUCGCUCAGAGGAAAAUCCAGCCGAUAUCCUAUCCAGAGGAGCGGAUAUUUCGAAGCGAUCGAUUGCCGAGCUGUGGUUCAACGGGCCCCAGUGGCUUCGCGAGAAGAACAACGACUUACGAGCAGCACUGGAAUCCGAUAGCACGUUUCACAUUCACGUCGACCGAACUCAUCUCGAACACGAAAUGAAAAAGAGCAUAGCGACGUUCCAUGUCGCACUUCCGACCAGCCAAGUCGGUUCGAAAAGAAUAUCUUUCGAAGAGAGCUUCUCUUGCUGGCUAAAAGCGAUUCGCUUUUGGGCAUUGAUGCUCCGUCUCAAAGCAAAGGCUCGAGCAGCGAAAACGAGAGUCCAGACGAAAAACGAAUGCUCGGCCAGGCCGGAAACCGACUUGAACCUCGUCGAUUCAGAAGAAAUGAUAACAGCCAGGCUGGAUUUGAUCAAACUAAUUCAGAGGAGCUACUUCCCAGAGGAAAUCAUUUCCGCUUGCAGGAAUCUCAAGCCUAAGAGCGCCCUCUAUCAGUACAACCCAUUCAUCGAUGAUAAUAGUCUGAUCCGUUGCAAAUCCCGGCUUGAACACUCAUCUCAGCUGUCAGAGAGUCAGAAAUCGCCGAUUAUUCUCCCCGCGGACUGCAACCUAUCCCUUCUGUUAAUUCGUUACAUUCAUGAGAAGAAAUGCUUCCACUUCGGAGGCGUUGCAUCAAUUCUACAUCUUCUCAGAGAAGACUUCCUGGUCAUACAUGCGAGGAAACUUGCUCGUCGAGUAAUCUCGUCCUGCGCCACCUGUAAGAUUUUUCGCUGCCAGGCAGCAGCACUACCUACAGCCCCGCUGCCAACCUUUCAAAUCGACAUGGCUCCGCCGUUCUUCUAUACAGGAUGCGACUUCGCGGGGCCCAUCAAAUACAAGAAAGACUCGGGAGAAAAGGGGAAAAGUUACAUACUUCUCUCCACUUGCGCCGUCACCCGCGCCGUCAAUCUGCACCUAACAGAAAACAUGUCCACAGUGGAAGUACUCGGCGCACUUCAAAAGUUCGUCAACCGAUAUCCAUCGGUCAACACCAUCGUCUCCGGCAACGGACUCUCCUUUCAGCGAGCAGCAAAGGAGUUGAAGUUGAUCUAUGAGCACAUCGUAAACGGAGAAAUAAAGAGAUGGCUCGGGGACUCCUUCAUCAAACGGGAAUUCAUCACCCCGAACGCCCCGUGGUUCGGUGGGUUCUACGAGCGCCAAGUGCAGUCAAUCAAGAGACCGCUGAGGAAAGCCCUAGGUACCGCAGUACCACACUUCCGCGAUCUCGAAGCCAUCCUGAGCAACAUCGAGGCGAUGAUAAACAGGCGCCCACUUACAGCGGUCGCGACGGAAUCCGACACCGCCGAGGCUCUGUCGCCAGCAGACCUGCUAUACGGACACAAAGCGAAAUGCUUCUUCCCCCAACACGCGGCCAAGCCGAUCAGAACGAUCGAUGCGGAUAAAGUCGUUUUCUCCAGGAGAUGGAACUAUCAACAAAAAAUCCUCAACUCAUUCUGGAGGAGAUAUCAAGGAGAAUACCUUGGCUCACUUCGAUCCGCUCACAGGCGAAAACCAAUCGCGGCCAGGCCGCUGAAAGUUGGAGACAUCUGCCUCCUGGAGGAUUCGAACGCUAAUCGCGACUACUGGCCCUUGUGUAGGGUGAUGUCUCUGAAAAACGAUUCGGAACCUGGAAAAGCACGAUCAUGCAUAGAGUUCCUAAAUUCCGGACAUUUCGAUUUCGGACAAUCGGACAAAAUCGGACGGAAAUUCCGGACAUGA